AUGCUCAUGAGCUGUCGUUUAGUAUUGAAGUCGAGGUUGGCUACUGUAUCUCAUCCUCUCCUCUCGGUUAGCCACCUCAACAAAAGCGGCAGUAAUUGGAGCACGCAUCAGCUCCUUAUAUGCGACGUCGUCGCUUCGCCAAAGCGGGGUAGUCUACUCCCCGAAUUUGAGGAUGAGACUUUCAGCUUGGACCCCUAUCUCAGCAAGAGAGCCCUCAGCCAGAUUGAGGAGUUUGUCAAUGGCCCUGAGAAGGAAGACCCCUAUAUCAGCAAACACUACCUAGUCGGCGAAUACGGCACCAAACUUAGAGAGAUUUGGGCUGCCCUGGCCAUCGUCACUGCAUACAAGCACAAAGCAGCUAAUGCUGCUAAUACGACAACGGCAACCGAGUCACUCCCCUACGGAAGAGGCCCAGAAGAAGCAUCUUAG